UACUCUAUGGUCAAAUUGUGCACAAAGUCAAUAAAUUUUAAUAUUACGUGAGCCGAAAAGUUAAUAAAUUGCACGUUAUAAAAGUAAAUUGAGACUCAGAUUUUUCCUUAAAUAACGUGUCUUUACUUUAGGGUGUUUUUGACGAGAUGGCCGCACAAUUAUUUAAUCGCAUUGGGCAACUCGGCUUAGGAGUAGCAGUUGUAGGUGGAGUUGUUAACUCGGCUCUUUACAAUGUUGAUGGUGGCAACAGAGCAGUAAUCUUUGAUAGAUUUGCGGGAGUAAAAAAUCUGGUGGUUGGUGAAGGUACUCACUUCUUCAUUCCGUGGGUGCAGAAACCCAUCAUCUUUGACAUUAGAUCGAGACCUAGGAAUGUGCCAACAGUCACAGGAAGUAAAGAUCUACAGAAUGUAAACAUCACCCUCCGUAUCCUGUUCAGACCUAUCCCUGACCAGCUACCUAGGAUCUACACAAUUCUGGGAGUAGACUAUGAUGAGAGAGUGCUGCCCUCGAUCACAUCUGAAGUUCUAAAGGCAGUUGUCGCACAGUUUGACGCUGGAGAACUUAUCACACAGAGAGAGGUAGUGUCACAAAAAGUGAGUGAGAACCUUACCGAGAGAGCUGCCCAAUUUGGACUUAUCCUUGACGACAUCUCCAUCACACAUUUAACCUUUGGCAAGGAAUUCACGCAGGCCGUAGAAUUGAAGCAAGUCGCUCAACAGGAUGCGGAGAAAGCCAGAUUCCUAGUGGAGAAAGCUGAGCAACAAAAGAAGGCUGCCAUCAUCACUGCAGAGGGAGACGCCCAAGCAGCUAUCUUACUAGCCAAAUCUUUUGGUACCGCUGGCGAGGGCCUCGUAGAGUUGAGAAGAAUUGAGGCUGCCGAGGAUAUUGCAUACCAACUAGCCAAGUCACGCAAUGUAACCUACCUGCCACAAGGCCAGAAUGUCCUACUAAACUUACCCACACAGAACUAAGCUGUACUGAAUAUGAUUAUUCACAAAAUAUAUUUUUAGGAGUGGUUCAGUGAAAUGCAUUUGUUUUUACUUAAUUUUAAGAGAACAGCAUUUGAGACUUGGUACGGUUCCAAUAACAGUAGUCAAGAGUUAGGUUUAUGGAAGUUGUAAUUAAACAAUAAAGUAUAAUUUGUUGCAA